UCCACUUGGGCUCCGCUUCUUUUUCGGCGACUGCCGGAGAUGGCGGAACGAACCCUAGCUCCACCGCUCCGCCUCUACCUCCGCUUCCUCCUCCUUCUCUCUCUCACACUCCUCCAGCUCUCUACUGCUGAGAUAAUCUUCGAAGAGCGCUUCGAUGAUGGUUGGGAGAGCCGUUGGGUAAAAUCAGACUGGAAGAAGAAUGAAGGAAAAGCUGGUUCCUUUAAACACACGGCAGGAAAAUGGGCUGGAGAUCCAGACGACAAAGGUAUACAGACAUACACGGAUGCCAGACACUUUGCGAUAUCUGCAAAGAUCCCAGAAUUCAGUAAUAAGAACAGAACAAUGGUGGUCCAGUAUUCUAUAAAAUUUGAGCAGGACAUUGAAUGUGGUGGUGGCUACAUUAAGCUUCUCUCUGGUUAUGUAAAUCAGAAGAAAUUUGGCGGUGAUGCUCCAUACAGUUUGAUGUUUGGACCUGAUAUUUGUGGCACACAGACAAAGAAGCUCCAUCUUAUCCUUUCCUACCAGGGACAGAAUUACCCUAUAAAGAAAGAUUUAGAAUGUGAGACAGACAAGUUAACACAUGUAUACACAUUUAUUCUUAGGCCUGAUGCCUCGUAUAGUAUUCUUGUUGAUAACCGAGAGAGAGAAUCUGGAAGCAUGUAUACUGAUUGGGAUAUUCUUCCACCUCGAAAAAUUAAAGAUGUCAAUGCUAAAAAGCCUAAAGACUGGGACGAUAGGGAGUACAUUGAUGAUCCUGAUGGUGUUAAGCCAGAGGGAUAUGAUUCAAUUCCAAAAGAAAUUCCUGAUCCAAAAGCUAAAAAGCCUGACACAUGGGAUGAUGAUGAAGACGGCAAAUGGAGACCACCAAAGAUACCAAAUCCAGCAUACAAAGGCCCGUGGAAACGCAAGAAGAUCAAGAAUCCAAACUACAAGGGGAAAUGGAAGGUCCCAUGGAUUGACAACCCAGAAUUUGAAGAUGAUCCAGAUCUCUAUGUUCUGAAGUCCAUAAAUUAUGUAGGGAUUGAAGUGUGGCAGGUAAAGGCUGGUUCGGUUUUUGACAACAUUUUGAUAUGUGAUGAUCCGGAGUAUGCAAAAAUGGUUGUGGAAGAAACUUGGGCGAAAAAUAGAGAGGCUGAGAAAGAAGCCUUUGAGGAAGCAGAGAAAGAAAGGAAAGCUAGAGAAGAAGAGGAAGCUCAGCGGGCAAGGGAGGAAGGUGAACGGCGGAGAAGAGAGAGAGGAUAUGAUCGCCGUUACCGAGACAGGGAGCGGUACAAGGAUAGAUAUAGAAAACGCCGCGAUUAUCUGGAUGAUUAUCAUGAUGAAUUGUGAAAGCCAUGCACAGUUCCAUCAGGGCGCCAAUGGAAAGAGACAUCCAUAUAUCUUUUAGCAUUGUUAGUAUUGGGGUUUGGCCAUUGCUGACUAUGAUGAUGAGGGGUCUCUGAAUGAAAGUGAUUACAAGUUUUGUUAGUGUGUGGCAAUUUAUGAAGAACCCGAGAAUCUCUUGGCCUGUGGAUUCCCAUCCAUCGAAAAAGACCUCAGGCUGUGCUGUGUUUGUAUUGCCCAUGCGGUUGGAAAAUGUUGUUCAAAAUAAAGCUUGAAUCUUGGGGAACCAGAUACUUGGUUGCUUAAUGAAAUCAUGGCACUCCAAUAUA